AUGGCCGCGCUGCCGGAGAACCCCGAGGUCCAAAAGUGGGGUUGCAUGAAAUUGUCCCUUUGUGGCGGACAUGAGCGGGCCGCUGCUGAAGCUGAAGCUCCUAGGCUGAUUGCCGCAGCCAUGAAGCAGCAUGAGCAGAAUGGACAAAUCCAAGACUGGGGCAGCCAGGCCUUUGCUGCCUUCUGCGCUGGAGCAGAUCCAGAGAGCUGCAGUCGGAAGGACGGGGCCGUUGCGGAGGGAGCAGUAGAGGUGCUGGUGAAAGCUGCUGUGUCCAAGAAGGCAAGCGCUAAGCGGCAAGCCAUUGGCGCACUGGGCAGCCUUUUCCGGGGGGAAGAUGUUGGAUGCAUGCAGCGUGCGGCCCGCUUGGUGGAAGCUCGUGUGCCGCAGCUGCUUGAACAAGCGCUCAAAGAUGAUGAAAGCUCAAGGACCGUCCGGAAGGUCUUUGGUGCCUUGGCUGAGCUGGUGCAGGUGGUGCCGGAACAGCUCUCCCCGGAGAUGCUGGAGCUCGUGGAGAGGGCUUUGGCCGCCAAUGCCGGGUACGAAGAAAUCCAACGCCUGGGGGAACGCAUUCAGCAAGCAGCUCCGCAGCGGGAGUGCUCCAAAGACAAGCCCACCUACUGGUCGGGCCACAUCGGUGAUGAGGGCUGGGCAGCUUGCCCCGUGACAGGUGAAACCUUGAGCGCUCUCAGGACGAUGUUCGUCGUGAACCAUCCGGCCGAGCUGCAGGGGUCGAGAUGCCGACAGCUACCCCCGGAAGUACGACGACCUGCGCGUCCACUGCGCCUGGCGGAUUGA